AUGUCGUCGGGCGACCAUGUCGCUAUGACAAUGUUGGCAAUGGCUGAAACGUUGAGACAACUGCAACCACCAAAGGUGAAAAUGGCCAUCAAAUGUGCAAAGGGAGCAUUAACGCUGUCGUUGUCUGCAGAGAUGGCAGCACAUGUGAAGUUUCAAUUGGGAAAACUUUAUUUUUUCUAUACUGAGAAUUUGGAACUGGCUGUGCAGUACCUAGAUUCUGCUUACGACAUGAUGACUCGAAUGGGCGAAUACUUCAUCCAACCACGAUUAGAAGCUUUGGUUCUCAUCUGUGAAGCUCUCAUUCACGGGUCUCCGAGUGCGGCGAGCAGCAAUCGCGUACUUACACUGAUUCGUUCGGAGCUUGGUAAUGCAAAAGCAUUUCCGACAAUCUACGCUAAGUUGUUCUUCUUCUACAUAGAAAUGAACACUAUUGAAGGCCGUGCUGAAGAUGCUAUAGAAGCUUGUCAGGUAGCCAUACAACAAUGUUCGGAUGACCCUAUCGUCAACCUCUACUUCCGCCUGACCAAAAAUAUGGUCUCUGCAAGAGUCUCGGGCUCGGUUUGCGAUGAAGCAGAAGCGCAGGUUAUUGGCCAACUGAUAAACAGAUUGGAUCAGGCGGCCCCAGCUACUGCAAACCUCAAACUCUUCUACAUCUGUACUCUGCUGGCUUACAUGCUUGCCGAUGGAAAGACACGGUCCUCUCGACAGCAUUUACGUACACUGCAGUCUGAGGUGCAGACAUUGAGUAAAGACGGUACCUGCAUGCAAACCGGGAUACGUUGGAUGGACACCGUGCCACUCACUGUAUUUGCCUGCUUGAUGACCAUCGUCAACUCUGCUCUACAGUGCAACUACGAAAGAGCAGCGAAGUACUACACUAUUGCCAUGCGUCAUAUACAGGACUAUUAUGCUAGAGCGUCACGAAACCCAUGCGAGUAUGGAAUCUUGCGAAGUGUCCAACGAAUGCGAAUGGCUUUGAAUGAGAUGAUGGCACAGUGCAACAUUAUGGCAUGCCAUCCUAGCAUGGCAAUGGAUAAUAUUCGCGACAUGGUACAGUUCAGUCAACGACAUGGGCCAGACUUAUUCGACGAGUUUGGUCCUGCUAUACAAUCGCUUCUGGGGCAUUAUUGCAUAUACUUGCGAGAAUCGGAGGCAGCCGAAAAGCACUUUAUCGCCGCUUCAAAGUUCAAGUCAUGUAAAGACAAGAAUGUUUGGGUAAUGACCCACGUCAAUUUGGCCAUCACUUAUCUGGCUCAAUGCAAACACGCGGAGUUUUACGAGAUUGCUGAUCAGCUGACGCCCAACCGGAUAGCGGACUGCUCUCUGAUUGUCAAAAGCAACGCUCGGUUUCUUCACGCUUUUCAUGCAUACUUGCUAAACAAAAUCGCCGACUGCAGGAGUAUGAUCGCUGAAUGCAUGGAAACUGCUAAAACGGAGGAUUUGUUUCGACUUCAUGGAUUAUCUGUUUUGCUGUUCUCAAUAUUCGUUCCCGUGAAUGCUGAAGUGAUUCUCCCAACUCUUGAUUGGAGCAAAAAAGGUCAUGACCACUCGUUGCACUGCUGGAGUAACAAUACGAUGGCAAGAGUGCUAUCCUCGCACAAUGUGGAUAACACUGCCUAUGUGGAAGCCGCGCGAAGAGAAAUGGCCCUUCUCGAUGAAGGUGUAAUUCGAGCCGAACAUCAGACAAAUCCUAGCGCGGCAUUAGUUCAGUGGUUCGACGGCGAUCCUAUGGCCUAUCUACCAAAGGACGAGUAAACUCAUCUCUUCCGAGUCGGGUCCUGAUAUCUGUAUAAAAGCGCUCAAAUGACUGUCAAAUGUACAUAAUCGACUUUGUAAUAAUUGUCAGAAUUUGUGAAUGA